AUGGAACUAGACACAGGAUCUGCCGUGUCCAUUUUGCCAUAUGACAUGUUCUUGGAAAGAUUUCGCGACAAGAAGUUAAAGAAAACAACCACUGUACUAAAGACCUACACUGGUGAACUGAUCGUUCCAGUUGGUUGCCUUACCGUGCAAGUUGAAUACUUAGAUCAAUCAUGGCUACUGUCCAUCCAUGUGGUCCAGACUAAAGGUCCAGUGUUAAUGGGUCGAGAUUGACUUCACAAGCUUCGCCUCGACCGAAAACCAUUAAGUUGUUGAAAUCCUCAGAUCCAAGCACGACUACACAAGAGAAGCUGAAAAACCUAUUGGAUACGUAUGCAGAGGUUUUUGAAGACAAGCUGGGAACUUUCAAAUCCGCCAAAGCAAGGAUAACUCUCAAAGAAGAUAGUCAACCACAGUUUCGCAAAGCUCGUCAGGUCCCAUAUUCCUUACGAUCGAAAGUGGAGGAAGAACUGAAGAGACUUAAGAGCGAAGGUAUUUUGUCGAAAGUAGAGUGA